GUAGAGGACUUAGGGCUAGACUGAUGCCACUUUUUGUCCUUCAGGUUGUAAGGAGAUUAUAACAGUCACCAUGAGCCCCAAACAUGUUGUCUUCAAGAAGUUCUCUCGUGACAAGUCGGUGGGGAUGUACAUGGGGAGGAGGGAUUUUGUGGAUCAUGUGGACUUGGUGGACCCAGUGGAUGGUGUCAUUCUGGUCGAUCCCGAACAACUGAAAGGGAAAAAAGUGUACAUCAUGCUCUCCUGCACAUUCCGUUAUGGCCGAGAUGACAUGGACGUGUUGGGCGUGGCGUUCCGCAGGGACAUCUUCCUGUCCACCCGCCAGGUGUACCCCCCUCUGCAGGACAGAGAGAGGAGCAUGCACACCAAGAUGCAGGAGAGGCUGCUGCACAAGCUGGGGAUCAAUGCGUACCCCUUCUUCUUCGAGUUCCCAGACAACCUGCCAUGCUCUGUGGCUCUGCAGCCUCUUCCAACAGACGUUGGAAAGCACUGUGCUGUGGAGUUUGAAGUGAAGGCUUUUGUUGCUGAGAGCCAGGAUGAGAAGAUCCAUAAACGGAGCUCUGUGCGUCUGGCAAUUCGCAAAGUGCAGUAUGCACCUGAGCAAGAUGGACCAGCCCCCUGCAAUGAGACCACGCGUGAGUUUGUCCUGUCUGACAAACCCUUACACGUGGAGGUCAGCCUGGAAAAGCAGACUUAUUACCACGGAGAGCCCAUCAAUGUUUUUGUGAACAUCACAAACAGCUCCAGCAAAACCGUGAAGGCCAUUUCUGUUUCAGUGGAGCAGAUAGCCAAUGUGGUGCUGUAUUGCAAUGAUAAGUAUAUGAAACCUGUGGCUAUUGAGGACACCUCCGAUUCAGUGGCCCCCUCCACCAGCCUGAAGAAGGUCUACACCCUCCUUCCACUGCUGGCGAAUAACCGCGAGAGGCGCGGUAUUGUUCUGGAUGGGAAGCUGAAACACGAGGACACCAACCUGGCCUCCUCGAGCCUGGUGAAGGAGGGUGUCCUGAAAGAGGUGCUUGGUAUCCUGGUGUCGUACCGAGUUGUGGUGAAGCUCACUGUUGGCGGGAUGAUUGGAUCCAGUGAGGUUGGUGUUGAGGUGCCAUUCCAGCUGAUGCACCCCAAACCGGAUGCAGGUAAAGUUGAGAUGGAGGACGAGCUGGUGUUUGAGGAGUUCAAGCGUACCUACCUGAAAGGGAUGAUCGGGGACGACGAGGAGGAGGACAACGUUUCCCCGGCGGAGGUGUCGUGAUGACAUGAAGGCGCAGCGGAGCCAGCCAUGUCAUCUUUAAUAGCAACGCUGACAGCGCCCCCUUAAGGCCACUGCUGUCACAACGGCAGGCCCACAGGGGCCAGAGUCGGACAUGGCGACGUAGAUGGAUUGGGGAAUGUAGGUAAUGGCAACAGAAGAUCUGUUUAGAUUGUGUAGAUCUGUUUCCUAGGGGAGCCGGUCGGGCUUCCGCUCCACCGUUUCCCGCUUAACACACCUUUGCUCAGAGAUUUGUCUCGUGUUUAGACUUUGUCAGCGGCAGUGUAAAUGCAAACGGAAAAGAAUGCUGUUGGCUUUGUAUGGUUCUAAUUAUGCUAUUAUAAAUAAAG